AUUUAGGCAUCUUGGGACAGAUUGGUUCUUAUUUCUGCUGUUGUAUUGGAAGAUUGAAGUUUGGCAGAAGGCACCAACAGAGCUCCCGGAGCAGCAUACCACCUUUUCAUACCAGAUUAUAGACACUCAUAUAGUACACUUAUAUGACAUGGUUUAAGUUUGGAAAGCUUCUUAAACUGUGAUGGUAAUUAAUUUCAGUGAGAGGAGGCCGUAUGAUGGCUACAGCUGCAAUAAUUGGGCUAAGUGCAGGAAAGAGACUGUUGAGUUCCACAUUCUAUUAUUCUGACCUCACAGACAAACUCUUCUGUGUCCAUGACUAUGGAUUAAUACAGCAUCACGCAGCUUCCACAAAAAAUGUGAUAAUCGCGAAAAAAGAUUCCAAUUUUGGCUCCAAUUUUCCAUGUAAUCGACAAACACUAUCUAUAAAAGCUUUGAAAGAAUAUGUGGAUACUUUUUCAUCUCCUUCAACUGCAGAUGUGUGGCUUCAGAAGUCUAACAUCUUGGAGGAGGGAACCUCUGAUCUUGAUGAAUCUUCAAUGGAGGCACUCCUCUUGUUGCAAAAGUCCAUGCUAGAAAAGCAGUGGAAUCUUUCUUUUGAGAGAAAUGGGAAAAAUGAUACACCAGAAGAAGAAUGCCUUAAGAAUAUACUGGUCACUCGUUCAGGUGUGUCUGCUCGGCAACGAAGAACUAGUGUAAGGAGGAAAUUUAUGAAGCAAGAUUCUGUUUUGGUUCCACUAAGUAAGAGGAAGCAGCCUGGCUCUUUUGUCAGUCCAGAACUGUUGCAAAGUCGCUUGAAAGGUUAUGCGAAGGGUGUAGUUAGUGAAGAAUUACUCACCCAUGCUGAAGUUGUGAACUUGUCAGAGAAAAUCAAAGCAGGUCUCUCCUUAGAUGGCCACAAAUCAAGAUUGAAGGAACGAUUAGGGUUUGAGCCCUCAGAUGAGCAGCUUGCUACUUCCUUGAGGAUAUCCCGUACUGAAUUGAAAUCAAAACUGAUUGAAUGUGUUUUAGCAAGAGAGAAGCUGGCAAUGAGUAAUGUUCGCCUAGUCAUGUCUAUAGCUCAAAAAUAUGACAACAUGGGUGCUGAAAUGGCUGACCUUGUUCAGGGUGGUUUGAUUGGAUUAUUACGUGGCAUUGAGAAGUUUGAUUCUUCAAAAGGAUGCAAAAUUUCAACUUAUGUCUAUUGGUGGAUACGUCAGGGUGUUUCAAAAGCACUGAUUGAGAAUUCCAGAACUCUUAGGUUGCCUACACAUAUACAUGAAAGAUUGAGCUUAAUUCGAAAUGCAAAGAUUAGGUUGGAAGGGAGAGGGGUAACCCCAUCAGUAGCUAGAAUUGCAGAAUGCCUGAAUAUGUCGAAGAAGAAAGUUAGGAAUGCUACAGAGGCAGUAAGCAAGGUCUUCUCACUUGAUAGGGAAGCCUUUCCCUCUCUGAAUGGCCUUCCAGGGGAAACUCUUCAUAGUUAUAUUGCAGAUAAUCGCCUUGAGAACAACCCAUGGCAUGCAGUAGAUGAAUGGUCACUCAAGGAUGAAGUUAACAAUUUAAUCAAUUCUACACUACGGGAAAGAGAGAGACAUAUAAUUCGGCUUUACUAUGGUCUGGAUAAAGAAUGCCUUUCAUGGGAGGACAUCAGCAGAAGGAUUGGUUUAUCAAGAGAAAGAGUUAGGCAAGUUGGGCUCGUUGCAUUGGAGAAAUUAAAACAUGCUGCAAGGAAGAGAAAUCUGGAGGCAAUGCUGGUGAAACAUUGAUUUGGUCUGUCGUAGACAUUAUUAAAUGACUAUGUAUAUUUCUGUAUAAAAAUCCAAAAGAAAACAAAACUGUCUCCAUUUUUAUUUCAUCAUACGGAAUAAACACAGAAGAAAUUUUGAUAGGGAUUAAGACUGCAAACAUUCUGUAAUAUGAGAUU